AUGGCGCGCAAACAGGGUCUGCAUGGCGACGAGGUCGACUUCGAGGAGACGUGGGCGCAGAUCGAGCUCGCCUUUCGGGAGAUCCACACCAAGAAUGCCUCAAAGCUAUCCUACGAGGAGCUGUAUCGCCACGCCUACCGCAUCGUGCUGAAGAAGAAAGGCGAGCAGCUCUACAAUAAAGUCCACGAAUUCGAGCGCGACUGGCUCAGGACCGAAGUGCGCGCACAUAUCCAGCAGCUCCUUUCGCCCAAUCUCCUGGCAGAGGCACAAGGCGCAGGCUCAACGAGCCCCAACGAGCGACGAGUAGCGGGCGAGAAGUUCCUCAAUGGGCUGAAGCAAGCAUGGGGCGACCACCAGGUCUGCAUGACUAACCCGGCCCGGUUGAAGGAUCGCGUGUACUGCGCUGACCACAGGCGCAUGUCCAUCUACAAUGCAGCCAUGGUUCAGUUUCGCGACGAGAUUCUAAACUCCGAGAUAUCAGCGACCGACGCGCGAGCCGUCCUAGGCCUGCUGAACCACGUUGUCCUCGACCAGAUCCAGAUGGAACGCGACGGCGAUGUCAUCGACAAGCAGCUCAUCAAGUCAUGCGUGUGGGUGUUGGAAGGUCUUCACGCAGACGAUACGGGAGCCGAGGAGCAGCGACUAUACAACGCCUCUUUCGAGAAGGAGUUUUUGGACACUAGUAGAGUCUUCUACCGGAAAGAGUCGGACCUUCUUCUGAGAGACUCGAAUGCAGGAGCAUAUUGCAAACAUACGAGGCGCAGGAUAUACGAAGAAGAGGAGCGAUGCAAGCAGACCCUUUUGGAUGUCACUGGUCCCAAGAUCCAGAAGGUGGUCGAGGACGAGCUCAUCAAGAACCGGAUACGUGAGCUGGUGGAGAUGGAGAGUGGCGUCCGAUUUAUGAUUGACAACAACAGGCUCGAGGAGCUUCAUCUGAUCUACGACCUGGACAAGCGGGUCGAUGAGAAGAAGACGGAGACUACGCGUGCCAUUCAGAAGCGCAUUGUGGACAUGGGCAUCGACAUCAACAACGACGCCAUAGCCGCAUCACAGGCUCCUGUGUCUGUAGCUGCAACUGACCCAGCUGACAAGGGCAAGGGCGCGACCCAAGAGAAAUCUCUCAAUCAACAAACGGUGGCGGCGAUCAAGUGGGUUGAAGACGUGCUCUUGCUCAAAGACAAGUUCGACAAGAUAUGGGUAGAAGCCUUCGGAUCUGAUCCACUUUUGCAGCAAGCCAUCACGAACAGCUUAAAAGAGUUCAUCAACUCAUCAUCCUUCCCGCGAUCGUCCGAGUAUAUAUCGCUGUUUAUUGACGAGAACAUGAAGAAGGGCAUCAAGGGCAAGACGGAGAUGGAGAUUGACACCGUCUUGGAGAAGGCCAUCAUACUCCUCCGAUACGUCCAAGACAAGGACCUGUUUGAAAGAUAUUACAAGAAGCAUCUCUGCCGACGACUGCUCAUGAAUAAGUCGAUCAGCAACGAAGUCGAGAAGCAGAUGAUUUCCAAGAUGAAGAUUGAGCUCGGGAACAACUUCACAUUGAAGCUGGAGGCCAUGUUUAAGGACAUGACCAUCUCGGAAGAGCUCACUGCUGGUUUCAAGAAGCACGUCGAAGGUCUCGGCGACAGGGAGCCCAAACGCAUCGAACUUGCCAUCAAUGUGCUCACAAGCAUGACAUGGCCACUGGAGACAAUGGGCGGCGUGGUUGCUGAGGAAGAUCAGAGCAGGCCACGGUGCAACUUCCCUGCGGUUGUGGACAAAGUGAAGCGUGGCUUUGAGAAGUACUACAGUCAAAAGCAUUCUGGACGACAGCUUACAUGGCUCCCCAACAUGGGCUCAGCGGACAUCAAGGCCGUCUUUCCCAAGGUGGUGCAAAAAGAUGGGUCAUUCAAGGAGCGUAGACACGACCUCAACGUGUCGACAUAUGGCAUGAUCAUCCUCCUUCUCUUCAACGACCUACCAGCAGACCAGCACCUCACGUUCGAGGAGAUUCAGGCGCAGACGAACAUCCCACGCAGCGAUCUGAUUCGCAACCUACAGUCGCUUGCUGUAGCGCCAAAGACUCGCAUCCUAGUCAAGGAGCCCAUGUCCAAGGACGUCAAGCCAACCGACCGCUUUUCUUUCAAUGAGGGCUUCAACGGCAAGUUCGUUAAGAUCAAGGUCGGAGUUGUCAGCAACGGCAACAAGGUCGAGAGCGACCGCGAGCGACGAGAGACUGAGAAGAAGAACGACGAUUCGCGACAGUUCUGUAUCGAGGCUGCUGUCGUUCGAAUCAUGAAGCAACGCAAGGAACUUUCGCAUCAGCAGCUCGUCUCGGAAACUCUGGGCCAACUAGCCGGACAGUUCAAGCCCGAAGUCAACAUGAUCAAGAAGCGCAUCGAAUCACUUAUCGAGCGCGAAUACCUCGAGCGCAUCGACGGCGCAAAGAUUGAUUCGUACCGUUACUUGGCAUAA